CUUUCUCGUUUUUUUAAUGCGAUAAUUGUUGCAGAGAUGUAAUUCCACACUUCAAAUUCACUAUUUAUCACUUGGACAAACGCUUCGUUAGCUAGAUCCAACCUGCCUGCAUUCAUCCAAACCUGUGGAAGUUUAAAUCUCAGCGUUGCUUGUACGACUUCACGUUAACGUCGCAUUUAGUAUUUGGUGACAGUUGCUUUCUUCAGUGUCUCCUAUAAUAUGUUCCUCAUUUAAUAUUUCUGGCACUCUCGUGUGUACAGCGUACUGUCAAGAAAGCGUACAUACACAACUGAACAUCUGACGACCCUUUAAAGUGAAGGGUAACGUUACGGGAAUUGUUCCGGUGUUGCAAUCAUCUGUUGGAGUUGUAAAAUAAAUCUGAAGAGGCAUGACAUUGAUGACGAGCAUGUGAGCACAUCGACUUCUAGGUGAAUGUUAAUCUCAAUUUAUCCGCCAAGAUGCCAGCUGUUUCAACAGGGGCGAAAGAGCUCUACCUGUCAACGUCUCUGGGUGAAUUGAACAAGAAAGCAGAAUUUAAGCCGGAGAAAGCCAGCACAAGACACUAUGUUCAGAGUGCCUGUAAGAUGUUCAAAGCUGCCGAGGAGUGUCGCCUUGACAGAGAUGAAGAAAAGGCCUAUGUUCUGUACAUGAGAUACCUGACCGUUUAUGAUGUCAUUAAGAAGAGACCCGACUUCAAACAGCAGCAGGAUUAUUACUUGUCAAUGCUUGGGCCAUCCAGCUUCAAAAAAGCCAUUGAGGAAGCAGAGAAGUUAUCAGAGAGUCUAAAACUCCGGUAUGAAGAAGUUGAAGUACGUAAAAAACUUGAGGAGAGGGAGAAACAAGAAGAGAAACGACGCAAAGAGGAAAAGCAGGAAAAGGACGAGGGACGGUCUUUAUCAAAAGGGACAACUGACUCCCGCAAAGACAAUAAGAAGGUGAAAGGAGAACAGAAUGACUCAAAAAUUGUACCAUCAAAAGCUGCUGUGCCAGUGGGAGGGAUCACAGCUGAGAAACUCUUCCACAUGAUGAUGGACCACAGCCUCAGUGUCAUCGUUAUGGAUGCGAGAAGCCUCAGGGACUUCGAAGAGUCGCAAAUUCAAGUGCCGGCACAGAAGUGCAUCAGUGUCCCAGAGGAGGCCAUCUCCCCAGGGAUAACUGUAAACCAGAUCGAGGUGAAGCUUCCAGAGGCCUCAAAAGAGUUGUGGAAGCGUAGAGGUUUUGUGGAUUAUGUGGUUCUGCUAGACUGGUUCAGCUCUGCGGCAGACCUCAAGCUGGGGACCACACUGCAGAGUUUGAAAGAUGCCCUUUACAAGUGGGACAGCACCACCAUCCUCCGCAGUGAGCCCAUGGUGUUGGAGGGAGGCUAUGAGAACUGGCUGUUCUUCUACCCCAUGUACACCACCAAUGCUAAAGUUAAGCCCCCAAGACAGCAGGCCUCCAGUGCCAUCCCACAACUGAACUUCAGCUACCCCUCGCUGGAGGAGCCCAAGCCCCCGGCGGCCCCCGAGCCCCAGCAGCCAGUGCAGGUGAAUGGGAGAGCGGCGGACGAGGCCCUCCCACUGGAGCCAGCAGCGCCAGAGCCCUCAACCGUGGCUCCCGCUGUCCCCGACGGACCUGUUCCUAAAGUGACCGAGACGACCAAGAAAGUUCCUCUGCCUCAGACUGGCGUAACAGUUAAACCGACCCCUCAGGUUGAUCGCAGUAAAAAGCCCUCUGUCAGAAUCUCGGAUGGCUCAAGACCCAACAACGAACCACCGACUAAGGACUCUCAGCUGCCUCAGAAUGGCCCGUUUGUGCCGGACCGCUCAGUGAAGCCGGCCUUCGAGUCCGGCGGCCAGCUGUCGGAGGAGGAGCGCAUCCAGAUCCACGCCGAGGCGGCGGGUGUGAAGGACAAGGCCCGCUGGGAGCUUGAGCAGCGCAGGAGAGCCCAGGAGGAGGAGGAGGCACGCGAGGAGGAGGAGCGGCGGAGGAGGCAGGAGCAGGAGGAAGGGGAGAGGAAGACACCCGAGGAAGAGGAGGAGGAGGAGGAGGAGGAGAAGGGCCGACAGGAGCGCGGCCGGCUGGAGCGGCAGAGAGCCGAGGAGGACGAUCAGGUGGGACAGGAGAGGUUCAGACGAGGGCAGAGAACGCAGAAGGGAGAAGGGCAGCUGAAAAGUGUCUCGCUGGACUCGCCCAUGCCCAACAACGUGGUCAGUGAGAUCAAGCGGGAGCCCUUAACCAGAGCACGCAGUGAGGAGAUGGGACGCACUGUUCCAGGCCUGCCAGUCGGGUGGAUGAAGUUUCUAGACACAGUGACGGGUACGUACCGGUAUUACCACUCCCCGACCAACCGGGUGCACUUGUACCCCCCGGAGGUGAGCGUGCCCCAGACGCCCCCGGCCACGCCGAAGCAGAAGCCGGCCAAGCCCCCCGAGGCGGAGCGGGACCGCGAGCAGUCCAAACUCAAGCGCUCCUACUCAUCCCCUGACAUCACCCAGGACCUGCAGGAGGAAGGCCAGAAGAAGCCCACCCCAACACCCACCAUCAACAGAGAGACCAAGCCUAUAACUGCUAGCACAUAUGCGAAGGUUGAAAAUUCCAGACCGUCAGCAGCCAAGAUCCGUAGUCUGAACCCCACAUUUGGAGGUCUGGGACCAGCCCUGACUGGUCUGAGGAACCUGGGGAACACCUGCUACAUGAACUCAAUCCUACAGUGUCUGUGUAACACACCCAUCAUGGCUGACUACUUCAACAAGAACCGCUAUCAGGAUGACAUUAACCGAGCCAACAUCCUGGGUCACAAGGGCGAGGUAGCGGAGGAGUUUGGCGUGAUCAUGAAGGCUCUCUGGUCUGGCCAGUACAAGUGCAUCACUCCACGCGACUUCAAGGUCACCAUUGGCAAGAUCAACGAGCAGUUCUCUGGCUACGAGCAGCAGGACUCCCAGGAGCUGCUGCUCUUUCUCAUGGACGGCCUCCACGAGGACCUCAACAGAGCAGACAACCGCAAGCGCUACAAGGAGGAGGCCAACGACCACCUGGACGAUAUCAAGGCAGCCGAGCUGGCCUGGAGCAAGCACAAGCUUCUCAACUCCUCCAUCAUCGUGUCGCUCUUCCAGGGCCAGUUCAAGUCCACCGUCCAGUGCCUGACCUGCCACCGCAAGUCCCGCACCUUUGAGGCCUUCAUGUACCUCUCCCUGCCCCUGGCCUCCUCCAACAAGUGCUCUCUGCAGGAUUGCCUGAAGCUGUUCUCCAAGGAGGAGAGGCUGACUGACGCAAACAAAGUGUUCUGCAGACACUGUAAAGCCCAUAGAGAUUCUACUAAGAAGUUGGAGAUCUGGAAGGUUCCACCCAUCCUCCUGGUGCACUUGAAAAGGUUCUCAUAUGAGGGCAGAUGGAAGCAGAAGCUGCAGACCACAGUGGACUUUCCCCUCGAGAGUCUGGACCUGGCGCAGUACGUCAUCGGCCCCAAGCCCAGCCAGAAGGGAUACAACCUGUUUGGCGUGUCUAACCACUAUGGUGGGCUGGACGGCGGCCACUACACGGCCUACUGCAGGAACAACCCCAAACAGCGCUGGUGCAAGUUCGACGACCACGAGGUGUCGGAGAUGUCCACCUCCUCCAUCAGGUCCUCGGCCGCCUACAUCCUCUUCUACUCCUCCCUGUGAGCUGUGCUGGGCUGAAGGAGAGCUCUGGCACGUGGGCAUAGAAGGGAAGGACGGCUGAUUUUAAUGCAUGUUGGGAGCACCGCUCCUGUUGAGGAGUGGCGGGCGUCUUAGCCAGAGGAGUCGCCCUGCUUGGGGGUGUGUGGCCGGCCUGGAAGAGACUGGACGGACGUCGGCCUGCGUCGCAGUUCAUAGAGGAUCACCUACGUAGAUAUUGAGCAUUUACCUCUUUAAAACACAGUAACGGUAGUGGGACUGGGAGGUGGUGGAGGAGAGAGAUGGAGAGGACCCCGGCAGGUCAUAAGACCAGUCUUCAUAGCGCUUAGUCUGCCUGCGCAAGCUAAAGCUAACAGUGUUGCACGGGUCUUCGACUGCUCCUGAAACAUACAGCGCUCUAACUUGAUUCUGUUUGAGUAUGUGAUGACCUUUUUUUGCAUUUGCUUUCUUUAAGCUUUCCUAUUCUGUGAAUAUACCACCAUU